AUGUUCAAGGACAAAAAACCACAAACCAUUGAGGAUUACACUUAAAUUCCAGGUCUAUACUAAAUUGAACUAAAUGCAGAUACUCAGGUUUCUGCAUAUGAAAAUAAUAAUGAAAAAAAGAAUCAAAGAAAAUUUUGA